GACACCAGUGGACUGUUCCCAAAAGUAUCACUGACUCAUCGUAACAAGUGGUGAAGCUCCCAGAAGACUUCAGAGCAGCCUGGAUCUAUGGUCCUGCUGUUUCCUUGUGUAGCCUUCAUGGGGAAAGGAGCUAUGAUGGAGAACAGAUAGUCAGAGCUGCAGCACAGGACACAAGCAUGGGUAGCGACGACCUUAUUCUCAUCACCUUGUCCGGAGAGGGUCCCUGGGGCUUCAGACUGCACGGGGGAUCGGAGAAGAGCUUACCUCUACUUGUGUCAAAGGUCCGUAAGCGCAGCAAGGCAUGUCGAGGUGGGCUGAGGGAAAACGAUGAGCUGAUCUCCAUCAAUGGGAAACCUUGUGCUGGACUGUCACAUGCAGAGGCAAUGCUGACAAUUGACUCAUCUGGCGGCACUCUCCACAUUCGUGUCAAGAGGACAGCAGCUGAAGCCCAGACACCUCGGUCCCACAAAGUACUUCCUUCUCCUAGCAGCCCAAACACCAUCAGAAGCCCAGAACCCCCUGGAUCCUCUGCUGCAUCACCAUCCAUCUCGACUGGCCAACCCCGACUGCUUCACCUGGAGAGUAUUACCUCUCCCCCGGAUAGUGAGGCAUACUACGGGGAAACAGACAGUGACGCUGAAACGAGAACAUCUCCAGGGCAUCCCCUGAGUGCCCAGCAGCAUCAGUGCCAGCAGCAAGCAAACCCAGAAAAACACCGCAGGGUGCGUAGGAAGAGUCCAAGAUCUCCACCUGGCAGCAAAAUAGAAAACGAGCAACAAUCGCUGUCUGAGAUGAGUGGUUAUGAGAGUGGUCCUGGUGGCAUUGCAGAAGAUGCCUUGCAGCCAACAAGUGGAGUGGCCAAAAGAGAAAUAACAUACCAGCCUGACAGUAGCAGAGCUGAAACUCCCUUCUCAGAUGUGGAAGGCUUCCUGCCAGCUGAGGAGCAGGAGAUAUCCAGUGUCACUGCAGCCUCACCUGAAUCUUUGCUGUUGCCCCAUGCCACGAAAAGCAUCCGAGCUGAGAGACAUCUUAUCCCAAUGAUAGGACCGGUGGAACACCCUGUAGAUGAAGAUCUGACAACGACCUAUUUAGAUAAAGCCAAAGAAGCAAAACUUCACCGCAGUGAGAGUGUACAGGAGAAGAACGUCAAGGAGGCUAGAACCAAAUGUAGAACCAUUGCAUCUCUGUUAACUGAUGCUCCAAAUCCCCACUCCAAGGGUGUUCUUAUGUUUAAAAAGAGGCGGCAGAGAGCAAAGAAAUACACUCUUGUGAGUUACGGAAGUGUAGACGAGGACCGAUACAACGAAGACGAGGACGGUGUCGUCCCAACAAGUGAAUCAGAAUUUGAUGAAGAAGGAUUCUCUGAUGCACGAAGUCUAACAAACAAUUCAGACUGGGACAGCACCUAUAUGGACAUUGAAAAGCCUAAAAUGGAGCACGAGCUACAGGAAGAAAAGGGCCUGAGUGAGGCAUCUGGAAAAGGAGCAGCAUUGUUUGAAGUACAAAGACAGAAAUCAGAACACAUGGUUGAAAAUACUCCAACUCAAAAUCCACAAGAGCAUCAGAAAGCUCCAGUUGCUCCUCCUAGGAGAUCAGUGAAUAAUGGGAAUGUCAUAAAUCUGGUUAAUUGUGAUAGAAGCCAUGAUAACUCAGAGAAUACCAAGGUGACAAGCACAAAGAUAUCACUGGCGCCACCUCACUCUCAAAUGCCACAAACUGAUAAUGCCCAAGCAUCUUUAGCUGGAAAUGGCAUCUUCAAUAGGUCUGCACGACCAUUUACUCCCGGUCAAGUAGGACAACGGAAUUUGGCUUCAUCUGUUGUGUUCAAACCGACCCCACCCAAAAAAAUUGAAAGUUUACCUGUGCAAAAUAUUGCUCCAUCACCAUUCACUCCAUUGACAACUGACAUAUAUUCAAGUCCUCAGAAAGCUCCAGUUAGCUCUGUUGCAUCACUUUAUAUUCCAGCACCUGGGAGACACGUGCCAUCAUCCGCAACCAAAUAUAAUGAAAAUGAAAAAGAAAACUCUCCAAUUCCAACAACACCGAGGACUACUACUGCUUCCAUAUAUCUGUCAUCUCCUUCGCGUCCACCAGGACCUCAGAUGGCUACUUCCCAACCAUAUGUUAUAGAUUCCACUCCAGUGACCCCACUGACAUCUACUGUGUCACAAUUUAAUAGUCCAGCAUCCAGUAGUUUGAAGGAUACAUCUUCUUAUAUCUCACCAGUUGCCCAUGUGAACCAGCCAUCUGAGUCGGUAAAUUCAAGAGAACAGAGGAUCUCUGUACCUAUUGGGCGCACUGGUAUUCUAAAUGAAGCUCGAAAGAGAGGAGGCAGGAAACAAAUGUUUGCCAAAAAAGAGGAGAAAAAAUGCUUACCUAACCCAGAGCUUCUCUCUAUGGUGCAAAAUAUAGAUGAUAAACCCAAACAAGAGCAACAUGGAGCAGGUUUUGAGUCUGGCCCAGAAGAGGACUUUCUCAGUUUAGGAGCCGAAGCUUGCAAUUUUAUGCAGUCUUCAGCACGAAAAUUUAAAGUUCCUCCUCCUGUGGCUCCAAAACCCAUUUUGAAGACAUCAGAACAACUUAUGAAUGGAAGUCAAGAUAUGCCCCAGUUGAAAGGCAAAGGAGCAGAAUUGUUUGCAAAACGACAAAGUCGCAUGGACAAAUUUGUUGUUGACUCAGACCAUAGAUCUAGCUCCAGGCCUAACUCAAGGCCAAGAACACCCUCACCAACGCCAUCGCUUCCAUCAUCUUGGAAAUACUCAUCUAACAUUCGUGCACCACCCCCAAUUGCAUAUAAUCCAUUGAUGUCUCCAUUUUAUCCAUUAGCAGCAUCCAAAUCUCAAGGUACCAAAGUAAACAGCAAAGUAAAAAAAGGUGCUACUGGCAAACCAAGAAUGCAAGCCAUUGAUUUUAUGCGUCAUCAGCCUUACCAGCUAAAUUCAGCUAUGUUCUGUUUUGGUGAUACAUCUAAUGGUCAAGAUACCCAAAAAUUGAAUGCUACUCCAGCUAGACAAGUGCCUGUGAAAACUGCUAGAGCUCAUGAAAUUAAGCGCUUCUCAACUCCAACUCCAAUGUUAUCAUCAGUCAACAUGACUCCAACUGUAUUAGCUCCCAGAUCUGCAACAACUCUUGCAGAACCAGUUUGGAGAACCGAUGCAGCUUGCCAACCAAUGCCAGCCAAUGUUGCAGGGCCAAUGCCUUAUCAUGCUCCUAUACAGGAGGCUCAACAGAUAAAUCGAGCUGCUACAGUCCUUAGUCCUACUAACUCAUUCUCUUCCCCUAGAUCAUCAAUUUCAAGAAUUCAGGUAGCAAAACCUAGAUUCUCUGCAGCAAAAACUGGAAUGCAGGCUAACGUAUGGAGACCGGCCAAAGUGCACUUCUAACCUUGCAGAUUAUAUGCCUUUGAUGUUGUUGACCCUCUAGUGAAAAUGCUCUUGAAAGAAAUUUGUGCUUCGCUGUUUUGUAAUGUUCAUCCAAAAAUAACAUUCUGUUCAUCCUUGUAGUCUCGCCUAGCAAACUGUGUAUUAAACUAAGACUGUUUUAAACUAAGAUUAACUAGGAAGAAGGAAAUAUGGAAGAAGAAUAUCCGAUGUUUCUGAACCUUGGUGGAUUAUAGAACAGAAACUGAAGAUGAAUUAUUAAAUGAAUGCAAUAUACAAUUGCAAAAUAUAUAACUAAGAGACUUUGGAGACCAUAAGAAUUUUGAAUUGUAUAGAAUGUAACAGGAAAGUAAUGUAAAACUCUUUAAGGAAAGAGUAUCCACAGAGAAAGACUGAACGGACAUUGUGUCAACGAUGGUGAAAGGUUGGUGCAGUUACUACAACUAAGUGGCUAAGUGGCUGUUUUAUGUCAUACCACUAUCCAAUGAGGCGACAUUAGAUACGCACAAAUCUGCAAAGAAUAGUAAAAAAAUAUUCAAAUUCUCUUUUGCCACAUCAUAUAGCAAAAAGUUUAGUUUCUUUGGCCAGAUUGAAAAUGUUGGAACGCCACUUAUGGUGCACAUAAUGGACUGGAAUGUAAAGUACAGUAGGCAAAUCGUAGUGUCUGUAAUAAUUACUUCAGCUUCUUUUGAACCAAUUUAAGAAAUAACUGCAUGUUAAUAUUGUUUCCAUGGUGUGCGCAUGUUUUUUGACACCAUUUCUGCAUCACAAUCAUUUUGUGUUUUAUGCACAAAAUGUAGAUGGUUUGUUAGUUUACAAAGUGUGAUGUCUUUUUUUUUUUUAUCCAAAGACAAAUGUCACGUGGAUUUAUGCAUACUAUGUUGUACUUUAGUUUUUGCCUAAAUUUACUAACGUAUGAUAUUUCCCAUUCUGCAAAUACGGAGUAAAAUUUGUUUCUGGAAAAACAGUUACAGUGACUUUUUUUGUAACACAGCUCUGAACGGAGAUAUAUAUGCAGUGAUUUACUUGUUAUUAAUACUUAAUUAAAAUUAAAAUAAAACCUAAAUAGACAAAAUAAUAACAACAAAAAAUAAGCUUAAUUAACAAAUCUAAAAUCAUAGUCAGCACAUCUUUCAUGUCUAUUACCAAUAUGUAGUACAGCACUAUCAAGAUUUCCUGGAGACAAAAGUCUGGUAUAAAACCUAGCCGCUGUACUUGUUAAAUAAAGCUUAUGUUUCCUGUUGCACGUUUUCACUCCUUGCACAAUGCUGUUUGCAAAUAUAAAACCUAAGUCUAUAAUGGUGAUUUUAGGGGUCAUUCAGAUGGGGUUGCUAUUGCACUGUCAUGCGCAAAGUACAGAUGUUCGGCACUUUGCGCAUGUGCAAGACCAAUUAUGCGCAUGCGCGAAUGGGUCCUGUAACGUCGCAAGCAACCCGGCAGUGAUUGACAGUGUGAUGUUGUUUUGGGGGGCAGGGUGGAGGUGUGACAGGCUCAGUUUGAAAAAACUGAGGCAUGUUGCCGUUUAGAGGGAAUGAAGAGGUCAGGGAUCUCUGUCUUUGAACGCAGCUUGAUAGCAACGCCAACUGCACCUGAAUAAUGCCCUUAGAGGCCAAAAAAAGUGUAAAACCACCGUGCAAAUGUAAUUUGUUUACGUUACACUCCUACUUUUUCCAACUGUAUCCCAUUUUAUGGGAAGAGCAAUGAUUUGCAGGACUAUGGGGCUCCAAAGGUUUGCACUGAUGGUAAUAGUUAGGCUGAAUCUUGGUGUAUGUUGGUAAGUGUGAGUUAGGCACACAAGCGACCCUAGUUUUACUCUGUAGUAUAGAAGCAAAAUAUUAUACUAUGGGAUUCCAUUAUUUAAAAAAGAUAAAGAAGUAGGGAGAGUUGUACAGACUUUACCUCUUCACAUACACACUUACCUCUUUACAUACACACUUGGAUGUAUGCCACAUCUGAAGUUCAGAAAAGCGGGUCUUGUGCCUAACCUUAUAUAGCACCAUCUAGUUGCAUUUACUGUAUGAGCGAAAGUGACCUUCUAAGUACACAAAUAUAAUACAAAACAUCUUGAAUAAUAUUAGUUCCAGUGUCACCUCAUUUUCAUUACGAAAGUGAGACAUAAUUAAGCUAAAUUAACAGUAUUUUAGGAGAAACACUGAAGAGAAAGGUCCUAAAGUUGAACUUCAAUGCACAUUUUCCACUCUGCACAUUUCCACUCUGCACAUUUUCUAGAGCAUCUCCCAACCAGUUUUCAAAGUCUGUUGAAAGGGCAUGGACUUUGGUUGGCAUGUAGGCCUAUAUAAAGAUGCAAUGUGGGUACACUGAUUUUUAUAUUUGUAAGUGGUUCUUUCUGUUUGUGGCUGCCACGAGAGUCCUACAAUGUGCAUUUAACAUGCAUCUAAGAAAACCUAAAUAUGUAAAAGUGAAUAUGAGUUAUAUGCAUCACAGUGCAGUCUGAGCCACUACUUGUAACAGACGGUAUUAGUUGUCAUGUCAUGAUGACUGUAUCUUUUUCCAUGUUUGUUGCUGCGUCAUAUGACCAUUGAACAUUUUCCAUGUACGUUAACCAUGAAUUUAGUCAUAUGACCGUGGAGCAUUUUCAGUGCUUGUUUAGCAUGUAUUGUGUUAUAUGACCAUGGAGCAUUUUCAAUACAUAUUAACCAUGUAAUGUGUCAUAUGACCAAUAUGCAUUUUCAGUACAUGUUAACCAUGUAAUGUGUCUUAUAACCAAUUCCUCCACCAGACAAGGCGUAAGUAUGGAAUAAUGUAAACUUCUCACAAAAUGUCAUUGGUCAUGUGCAGUUCCCCAUAUUAGCUAUUACAUUAAUGUAAUUAUCGCUUUAGGAAACAUCACCUCUUCUAAUAACACAAAGACUUGAUAGAAUGGCUGAGUUUACUAAACAGAUUUUGGUAGAACUGUGGAACAGAGUCUAUUGGCCGGAUGUAUGGAGUGCGAGACCGCCGGACUCAGAGCUUCCGGCCGAACUCGUAGGUUUUUUUAAAGCAGCCAACAUUUCCAAGGCAAAACCAAACUGGUUUUCCCAUGUAAAUGAUUGCUGCGUUAAAAAAACAUACAAGUUCUGCUGGAAUCUCGGAACUCCGUCCGUGUUGCAGUCCAUUUCAUCUGACCCCAUAUGUCCAUGCCAUUUCCCUCAUUUCAGAGCCUUCAGCUCAGAUGCUAGUAUAUGAUAGCACAGUACUUUUUGAAUUUUUACAGUUGCCUUGCUAUGCACUAUUGUAUUUGAUUACAUUUCUAGGUAAACUAUUCUGUUUAUUUUUUAGAGAUCUAUUGUAUUUUGGUAUAUUUUCUAAUAAUUUAUAUUUAUUUCUACAUCAACAUCUGUAUAUCCAGUUUCCAAAAAGUGUAAACCAACAUGAUUAAAUCUCAUAUUACAUAACUGUCCUAGUAAAAAGGAGUGACACUUA